AAUAUUUUAAAAGAUAUAUUAUAUUGGAUUUAGAUUGAUAUUGUAUUAUUAUAUUUGACUCAGAUAAAUAUUGUUGAUCGAAAUUAUAUAAUUUAAUAAAGAUAUACAUGCAAUAUUGUAAGAAAGUUGAAGAUAUUGAGGACAUAAUGCAUGCAUCUAGAACUUCUUGAGAAAGUGAAGCUCAUAUAUCUGACCCAUGCAAUCAUGACGCAAGUGUCACGUUAUCCUGACAUUAUCGAUCAAAAGAUGGAGCCACCACCAAAUUAUUCCGAUAUAGACAAGCCUGAAAAUAUGAGCCAGAAUAUGUCAAACCUAGAUGAUAAAAUAAAAUCAUCUCUCGUAGAGUUAGAAGGUGCAAAGCACGAUAUUGGGAAAGUGAAAACCAUCAACAAAGGUUUAGAGAAGAAAAUACAAGAAGCGAAAAAAGACCUCGAUGCCCUUCGUCAGAAGAUAGAUUCAUUGAAAGUAAAGCUCGGUUUGUCAAAUACAAGUCUGGGCAAAAGUAAUGAUGAAAAAGAAACAAUGAGUACAAAUCUAAAUGAAUCGCAAGUUCUUGUUGCUCGUUUAGAGGAAAGAUUAUCCGCCUUAAAUUCCGAAUUGGAUAAGAUGAGAGAUCCGGCAAAUCCAGAGAGCAACAUGAGCAUUCGUAAACAUAUUCUUAACGAUAAAAAGGAAAUUAAAAAGUUGAAAGUUGAAGCUGAAAGUGAACGAAACAGUCUUGAAGAAGAUACUGAAACAGCUAAAGCCAAAGACGCCGAAAUAAAAGCAUUAGAAAAGGAAUUAGCAAAGGCGAAGGAAAUGCUUAAGAUAUGUGAAGAAGAAAGGGAAGAAGUUUUACACGAAGAGGAAGAAGAAAAGAAGCUUAAGGAAGAAAUGAUCCGAGGCUAUAAACUCCUAAAAACAGAUAAGAAAACUUAUGAACAGAGACUUAAAGAAGCGAGAAUUAGACUUGGUGUUAAAACAUCGGGUAAAAAUGUAAAUUUUAAAGUGCUUGGAGAUAUGAAGACAAGAGAAAAGGACUUAGCAAGACAACUUAACCAAUAUGAAAGGAAACUAAAAGAGGUCAAUGGGGAAUUAGACAUUCUGAAGAAUCAAAAUAAAAUGAGCAAAACGGCGAUGUCCAUAAAUAAAUAUACAAAAAGAAACCUAAAAGAUAGUGAUUCAAUUAGCAUGGCGCAAAGCGGACUUGGCCCAGUUAAGUUCGGGUCAAAAGUGCCCAAAACCCAACCAGAAAAAGGAGCUUUGUCAAAUCGAUCACGACUGUCAGAGUCGGAUAAAUCAAGGACAAAAGGCGGUGACACAGACAGAUCAAGCAAUGCGUCAUUUCCACAAAAGAACAAAGGUUCAACCUCGCAAAAGGACAAAUUAAUAGUCGUUCCAAGGCAGCAACAAAACAUAAGUAAGGGAGACAGGAAAAAUUCAACAUCGUUCGUUCCUCCACCGAAAGCUAAAUUGAGAGGAAAUGUAUCGUGAUGUGAUUUCAUUAACUCUUUAUGUAAGACACAUGACAAGCUACCAUUAAGAAUUGAAAUAUUGAACUGGUCGGUUUUGUCUUGAAAAUUAACAACAAAAAUAGUGUGGAGCGAGGUGUUUCUUUGUUGAUCUUUGUCAAUAUAGCUCAGUUAUUUUUCUUUUUUUUUUUCAUUUCUUUUUCUCUUUCUUCAAAGAGGCGUCCUCUUCGAGGAUAAAGGGUGCAGAAUUUUGUAACAAUGUUUUGUAAUAAAACUCUUAAAAAAUUAGCAUUGAUCAAGAUAUUAAUUUACUUCGUAUUUAAAAAAAGUAAAAUUUACAUAAUGAAACAUAAUGUAGCUAUCUUAUAUGCAUCUUACAAAACGUAUUUAUAUAUAUAUUCUAAUAUGUAUACAUGGUGCGACAGAUUUCCAAGCAUUAUCAUGAAAACACCAAGCAUGGUAUAUAAUUUAUGCGUACUGGUUAAAAUGUUCGGAGUCCUUUAAAAGCCAUUUAUCACAUAAAUCUGCUGUUUUAAUCCCAAACAAUAAGUUGAAAUGAAAUUUAUUGAACAAUCUGGUUUGUCCUUAUUUAUCAUGCCAUAUUUCCCGGCGUAGCUUUGACCAACAAAUAGGCCAAUUUAAUAUUUUCAAGGGAAUGUGUCCGUGCAUUUGUAUUUGUUCUCUUAUACACAAAACACUUUUUUAGUUUAACUGCGCCCAACCCCAUCCCCCACUCCGCACACCGUCGCCACUAUUUGCACAAUUUGUAAAAUGACACAAAACUUUGAUUAUAUCUAACUAGUUAAAACAGUCCUUUUUUAUUUGAAUUUCAAUCAUAUUUUUAUUCAUACUGAAUCGUAUUACGUAACAAUACACAUGGAUGUUAUUCAAUGAAAUACAAAACGAACAUUUUAAAAGAAAAGAAAACGGAAGUAGUUAUUGCAUGUAAUUUUUAUAGCGCUGUGAUCCUCAUUAACCAUUAAUCACAUGUUGCCAAAAUCAUUUAAGCUUCCUACAUAUGUUCUGUUAAAAUGUAUAAUUUAGUUUUAAGUAGUCUACAUAACUACCGUUUUCAAUAUUGUAACUAUUCAAGCUGUGCCAUUGUGCUUCAUACUAAUAAUAAACUAUGUCAAAAACACUUAAGACAACAUGUGACUUUCUGUGUAUUUUUAUCUGUCAUAAUCUGUCACAUAAUAUUAGACUUGUUUUUGCAUGAAUUUUAUAUUAUAGAAGACUCCUCCUGAACGAUUAAUUUGCUUCAUUAUUUUUUUAAAAAAGAAUGUAAGUUGGAACAAUGAUUUUUUUUACCAGAUCAUCUUGUACUCGUAGAAAACCGUCGCAAAUCUUGGUAUUGCAAAUCUAACAACGUAUUACCGGCGUUCAGAAACUCAUGAAUGAAAUUGGCUGGGAAUCCCUAGAAAAAAAGACAAACACAAACUUAUUAUUUCUUUUUUUGAACCACAUUAACUUUCUGAUCUUGUCCCUCCGUUAAUUGGCAGUGAGCAUCGUUACCCUCUUCGGAACGUGGACGACACACAAUAUAUCCGUACAAAUACAGAAUUUUACUUUAAAUCAUUCUUACCUUCUGUUAUUAUGGAUUUCAACUCUCAUCCCACUACACUUUAAACACAAACUGCUACUACGUUAACAUCAUUUAAGCGAGUUCUAAAUAUUGAUAUGCCAAACUACGUAUACCUGCCCAUUUUCUUUGCGGUGAGCGUAAAUUACAAAUUUUUCAUACAAGAUAACGUACUAAUUGCAGCCCACUUUCUGCUGACUUAUUUGAUAAGAACAUUACCGACUCUCCCUUGUGUGAAUGGGGUGCGAGAGAAAAUGCUUAUCACUACUUUCUUGAAUGCCCUAAAUAUACUAACCUUCGGUCUGAAGGACUAUUUCUCAAUUUUGUAAUCCUUCCAUCAAUGUCAUUCUCUCCGGUUCCACCACUUUACCUUAUGAUUCUAAUGUAUCAAUCUUCAAAUCAGUUUAAAAAAAUAUCCGAGAUACAAAACGAUUUCAGUGUAAUUAAGAUCAUAGAUGUCUAAACAUAUUGGUUAUUUAUUAGACUAUGCAUAUUAGUUCCUCAAUAUUGUUCCAUCAGUGUUCAUCCAUUUCCUCCUUCCUUUUUCUAAUACUUUUUUCUUUAAAUAUUCAGUGUAUAUCUAUUUUGUGUAUCUGCUAAUAUACAACUAUAAGCAAUCAAAUAAGAUAUUAUUUUGCUUCUUUUUGUUAGAUUCUGAAACGAAAAAAAUACUAAAAUAGCACUUUGUCUUCUUGUACAGGGUUGCUUUAUUUUUCAGUCAUUUUUUCUCUUUUUUCCUUUAUACUGUUUGCUCUUAUAUGUUGCAUUUUAAAAGAAUUGACUAUUUGAAUACUUCAACUAACCGUUGUGUAUGAUAAUGCCAUGAACUGUGUUAAUGUAAAUUAUUUUAACUGGAAGAGGACACUCAUAAGCUUUAUAGCUUUCUGCAUAAUCCCAAAAUGUACUUUGUAAAUAUUUUUCACUUGUUAAAUGUUUUAUUGAAUAAAUACGUUUAAACCAA